GUAGUCACUGGUCAGUCGCAACUCAUUCACAAAGCUUCCAUCUCAAUUCUCAAAGCCCACUCCGCCACCACAUUUUCCCUUCUUUCUUUUCGCUAAUCUACGCUUUGCCACUCCAUUUUUCUUGAUUCAGCAGUAUUGAUGGGAAAAGGUGGGGGCUGUGUCCCUAGCAAGAAAAAGCUCCCCGUAGCUACCACCAUCGCCGCCUCCUCCGCCUCCGGCAAGGAGGAAGAGGACAACCUCCCAGAAUCCACCCCACCCACCACCACCAACGACACCGCCGCUGCCGAUGAAGCUGUUACCACCAUCCCUUCCGGCCCCCUUCGGAAUCUGAAACUCUUUAUAGUGUUUUACUCGAUGUAUGGUCAUGUGGAGGCACUUGCUUGGCGGAUGAAGCGGGGGGCCGACAGCGUGGCCGGCGUCGAGGCAGAGCUCUUCCGGGUGCCGGAAACACUGCCCGAGGAAGUACUUGUCAAAAUGCGGGCCCCGUCGAAGGACGAUUCGAUCCCCGUGAUUGGAUCGCCCGAGGAUUUGGCGGGCGGUGACGGGUUUCUGUUCGGGUUCCCUACGAGAUAUGGGUGCAUGGCUGCGCAGAUGAAGGCGUUCUUUGAUUCGACUGGACAAUUGUGGAGGGAGCAGAAGCUUGCCGGAAAACCUGCGGGGUUCUUUGUCAGCACCGGGACUCAAGGCGGCGGCCAAGAGACCACUGCGUGGACUGCAAUUACUCAAUUAGCUCAUCAUGGAAUGUUGUUUGUCCCUAUUGGGUACACUUUUGGUGCCGGUAUGUUCAAAAUGGAUUCUAUCAGAGGGGGUUCUCCAUAUGGGGCUGGAGUCUUUGCAGGUGAUGGCACAAGGGAACCAAGUGAACUGGAGUUGGCCCUUGCCGAGCAUCAGGGCAAGUACAUGGCUGCUAUAGUCAAGCGGCUAGCUCCCCACUGACAGCUUACAUGUAUAUUGGGCUUCGAUUUAUUAAUUUGUUUCAUGUCAGCUGGAGUAUCUCAUUUUGCAAUUCGUAUUGCCCUUCAUUUAUUGAUUACGGAACCAGGAAUUGUGCGUAAUUUUCACAUUGGUUUUGAUGUUUUCUUUUUGCUCUUGUCUCUUCAUUUUACUUUUUCUGGAUUAGUAACAUAAGUGUACAUGUUUUUAUACUUGGUGAUUGAUUAGAAUGUAAUAAGCAGUGGGUGUCUUGUUGUUCUCUUCCUUCUGUAUAUUGUACUCUUUCUAUUGACUUAAGUUAUAUACACCAUCAGUGUACACUA